UGCAGUAUUCCGCGUCCGCACCUCAUUCCGACUUGUAGAGAUGAGACUCUACACAUUGUUCAUUACGUGUUUGGGUGUUGCCGUUUCCGCUAAUAAGUCCAUUAACCCCUCCUAUGUAUCGAACAUAAGCGGAGGAAACCGCGUGAAGAACCCGUCUCCGUGGCACGCGGGUAUCUACACCAAGACUACUGAGCCUUACAAGCAGAUAUGCGGCGGCACCUUGGUCACUAAAUGCGCCGUCAUAUCAGCCGCGCAUUGCUUCUCACAUGACGGACUUGCACCCCUGGCGUUCAACUACGCCGUGGCUGUUGGCAAAAUGUACCGACCCUGGAACGACUAUCAUGAUGAAGGAGUUCAGAAGGCUGAUGUAAUUGCAAUAAGAAUCCCACCACGUUACCAAGGAGCCAUAGCAAACUUCCAAGAUGACAUCGCAGUUGUGAUCGCCGCCACAGAGUUCUACCUCACCCCGUACGUGGAGCCGGCUUGCCUGAGCUUCAAACCGGAUUUCGAUGAGGAGCAGCUGCGAGAUGGACAGCUGGGUGUGGUGGUCGGCUGGGGUCUGACGGGGGAGAACUCACCGGCUUCUCAAGUACUCCAAUCAGCCUCACUGCCGAAUGUCGCCAUUGAGAAGUGUAUCAAGCAGAGUCCGACGAGCUUCAGGAGUUCCAUCACUGGGGACAAGAUCUGCGCAGGAUACAACAAUGGCACGGCGGUAUGCCGCGGCGACAGCGGCGGCGGGCUGGUCUACAGUGCGUUUGUGAACUACCGUCUACUCUACUUCUUACGCGGUGUCGUCUCAACGUCCCCGACUUCUGAAAACAUGUGCAACAUCUACUCCUGGGCCACCUUCACGCAUCUCAUCAAACACGAACACUUCAUUAAGUCCGUUGUGCCUGACGUGGAACAGUUUUGUGUUCAAACUUAUGGGACUACGUUUACUAAACUCGAACGGAUACAGAACGAGGAGACGUGCCAGUGUCCAAAAGCGUACGAAGUUAUACUGUCUGAUAAAGUGAUAAAGGUCUUUUUAUAAUUCUAAAACAUUUUGGAUUCGGAAUAUUUAUAAUCAACCAUAAAACCAGCUGAGCCAAAUUGUUAUCAAAAAUCGUUAUAUCUUCAUUAAAAUAAACUUCAAAGUGUUUAAUUUAAUUAAGAUAAAGUAAACAAAUAUUUAGAUUGAAGCUAAUAUGUAGAAGCUUUAAUUUUUUGAGUUUUUCAACUCCUUUUGUGGCUGAUUGUUCUUUAUAAGAAUAAAAAUGUUUUUCUUG